GGGGUCGAUCAUCUUGCUCUGCUUGCUUUUGUCUAUAAAGCUGCGAAGCAUUCGAGCCACGUCAUAGUCACAGGAGGCAGCGUACUAAUUGAUUGACUGGUCGAAGCGCCGGGGAAGCCAGUGACUCUGCUUUUUCCAGACAAUUCCAUAUCACCCAGACGUACACCGACACAUUUUGCGGCAUCUCACACGCCUCGACCGCGUAAAAUUACACCAAACUUUUGGCUUCAGGCAAAUCCUCAUCAUGACUGCAACUUCACUAGUAGAUGGGCGUCUUCCAGCAUCGUCGCUUCUCCGGUUACCCCUGGAGAUUCGCCUGAUGAUCUACGAAUACCUCCUACUACCCUCGAAGACACCCUGCGCUGGACGCGGUACAUCGGUUGCGAAUCUGAUACCCGAUUUCCACACGUACUUUUCCGAGGACACCAACAAUGACCCGUUCACCCUGAGCGUACGCACAGUCGAUCCUUGGCUGGGAGGGCAUGGUGCAAGGACAUGGAGGAAGAGGAGUACCUAUCACGUCAGAACUGGACCCUUUCUUACAACAACGGCACCGACGACGUACCGCGUCCUCCUCUCGCCCUAUACUGCCCAUUUACGCUACACGGUCCCGUCUCUCAUGUGCAUCAACUCGCAAAUCCACGCCGAAGCGAGCAAGAUCCUCUACUCGACAUAUACGUUUAGCUUCCACAUGAGCGUCGAGGCCGUGGUGCCUUUUCUUUCUGACCUGACGCCGCGGAGCCGAGCGUCGGUCCGACAUCUCAGUCUGACUAAGAAGGCGCUGCCGUACGCAAAAGAAUUCGAUCGUGCAGAAUGGGCAGAAAUGUGCGCCUAUCUCGCCGCCGCCGCCGCCGCAAACACGUCCAUGGAGGAGGGCGCGCCAGCCAUGCAGCUUAGCACGCUGCAGCUGCAGACGAUUGCGGGCAAGCCAGACGAAGCGUGGGAAGCCAUUACGCCCAUGACGCCGUCAGACUUUGACACGAUGCUUCGCAUGAAGAACGAGUGGCUUGGUGGGCGCAGCGACUUUGGCGGUGUGGAUCUCGAGUGGGCGGAGCAGGUCAUGGCGAUCAGGGGCCUGCGGGAUAUCACUGUCAAGGCGCUGGUGGAGCGGUGUGCGAGGCCUGUCAGUGAGAAACAAGCGUUUUGGGUGGCAUUUAGUAAGAGUGUUGCUGAGGGCAAGUUUGGCGAGUGGAUGAGAGGCCGUAUGCUGCUGCAGUGUUGAGGUUGAAUUAUGCGAGGAUAGAGCUGCUGCUGCUGCGGCGGCGGUAGUGGUGGUGACGGCGUGUUGUAGUAAUUCCCUCUACUCUUAGCACUCGUUUUUGUUUUUCACGGGGGCUUUAUUUCUAGGUAUAUUACGACUUGGUAUUGUAGACAAACUUGGUUAGAUUAUU